UUCCGCGCGAAAAGGGGGCCCGCGCGUUGCAGCUGCGAAAACAUAAAAAGCCUAUCUUCCUCCCAUUGCAGUUGGUGCCAUCCUGCUUUUAACAACGUGUUUUAAUCUCUGGUUUUAAUCUGCGUUUAUUUUUAUUUUUUUUAGUAGUUCUCCUUCCACUUGAAAUGCCUACCAAGACCUCAUUGCAUCUACCGGAGGAUGUCAGGGAACGGCUACAUGUGUUGGAUAAAGAUGGGGAUAACUUGUCAGAUGAGGAGUGUGUUAAAGAGAAGCUAAGGUUAUUGCAAGAGUUUCUGCUCACUGACACUCAGGAACAACUGAAAAACCUUGAGUCCAAGCUAAAGAGCGAGGAGCUGUCUGUUGAAGGGUACAUUUCUGCUGUUAAAGCAGUUUUGAAGCAGGUGGUCUGUUUGGACAAAGAUGGUCAGGGAGACUGUGUGGAAAAGAACGGCCAGUUGAAUGGCUGUGCGGAAAAUGGCAACGGCAACCACAAAGACAACGGGGAAGUGGAGUCGGUCAUGGACACCCAGGAGGAGGGAGACUCCAUGAGGUCUCCAAGUGCUCCCAAGGGUAAAGGGCGUCGGAGCAAGUCCGACCCUGAACCCAGAAAGUCUCCAGCUGGCUCAAGAGUCACCCGAAACUCCGGAAAGCAGCCAACCAUCUUAUCAAUGUUCUCAAGAGUUCCAAAGCGGAAGUGCGACGAGAUGGAGAAUGGAGAUUCCACAAAUGGUGUUGCGGAGGAGAAGAGUCAGGAAGGAGACCCUGACGAGGUAAAGGACGAGGUCCAUGAAGAAAAGCGUCUGAAAUUGGAAACUGAUGAAAAGCCAGUCUUAAGGGAGUCAACCACUGAGGCCAAACCUGUGGCUCCAGCCAAGGCGCCACCCCCUAAGUGUCCUGACUGCAGGCAGUACCUGGAUGAUGCUGACCUCAAGUUCUUCCAGGGAGACCCUGAUAACGCUCUGGAUGAACCAGAGAUGCUUACAGAUGAGCGCCUUUCCCUCUUUGACUCGAAUGCGGACGGGUUCGAGAGCUACGAGGAGCUGCCUCAGCACAAAAUCACCAACUUCAGUGUCUAUGACAAGCGGGGUCACCUCUGUCCAUUUGACUCGGGCCUCAUUGAGAAAAAUGUGGAGCUGUACUUCAGCUGUGGUGUCAAGCCCAUUUAUGAUGACAACCCGUGUAUGGAUGGUGGGGUGCCUGCUAAGAAGCUUGGACCCAUUAAUGCUUGGUGGAUUACGGGCUUUGAUGGCGGAGAGAAAGCACUUAUUGGAUUUACUACAGCUUUUGCUGACUACAUCCUCAUGGACCCCAGUGAGGAAUACUCGGCCAUCUUCGCACUCAUGCAGGAGAAGAUCUACAUGAGCAAGAUUGUGGUGGAGUUCCUGCAGAAGAACCAAGAUGCCACUUAUGAAGACCUUCUCAACAAAAUAGAGACCACCGUGCCCCCUGCUGGCCUUAACUUCAACCGCUUCACGGAGGACACUCUCCUGCGCCACGCCCAGUUUGUGGUGGAGCAGGUGGAGAGCUACGACGAGGCCGGCGACUCGGACGAGCAGCCCAUCAUCGUCACGCCCUGCAUGAGGGACCUCAUCAAGCUGGCUGGCGUCACCCUGGGCAAGAGGCGAGCGACCAGGAGGCAAGCCAUCCGUCACCCCACUAAGAUCGAGAAGGACAAGGGCCCCACCAAAGCCACCACCACCAAGCUGGUCUACCAGAUCUUCGACACCUUCUUCUCAGACCAGAUUGACCAGAUCAACAAGGAUGGUGGGUUAAAGAGGCAUCGCUGUGGUGUGUGUGAGGUGUGCCAGUCCCCUGACUGUGGCAAGUGCUCCGCCUGCAAGGACAUGCUGAAGUUCGGUGGCAGCGGUCGCAGCAAGCAGGCCUGUCAGAAGAGAAGAUGUCCCAAUCUGGCAGUGAAGGAGGCGGAGGAGGAUGAGAACAUUGACGAGGAGGAAGUGCUGCCCCCGCUGAAGCCCACGUCAAAGGUCAUGGCCGCGGCCAGGAAGAAGAAGAAGCAGAGCCAGACCAAGAAGUCCUGGGUUGGAGAGCCUGUCCGAGUGGAGGGCAAGAAGAAAUACUACAUGAAGGUGCGUGUGGACGACACAGUGCUGGAGGUGGGAGACUGUGUGUCUGUCAGUCCUGAUGACCCGUCCAGGCCCCUUUUCCUGGCCAGGAUCACAGCGCUGUGGGAGGCGGACGAGAAGAUGUUCCACGCUCACUGGUUCUCCCGUGGUACCGACACUAUUCUGGGUGAGACCUCGGACCCCCUGGAGCUCUUCCUGGUGGAUGAGUGCGAGGACAUGAACCUGAACUUCAUCGCUGGCAAAGUCAACGUGAUCUACAAGGCGCCUUCCGACAACUGGUUCAUGGAGGGUGGCGUGGAGGGCGAGGAGAAGGUCGUUGAGGACGAUGGCGUAAGCUUCUACUACCAGCUGUGGUACGAGCAUGACUUUGCCCGCUUCGAGACUCCUCCAAAGUCUACCCCACCAGAGGACUGCAAAUACAAGUUCUGUGCCAGCUGCACGCGGAGCGCUGAACGCGUCGAGCGGGAGACCCCUCGUGCCUUCGAGCCCCUGGCGAAUCAGGACAGCGACUCUAAAACCUUCUAUGCCAUGGCCUGCCUGAAGGGACAUCAGUUCAGAGUGGGAGACGGUGUCUACCUGCUGCCUGAGAGUUUUGAUUUUGGCGUAAAGGCAGCGAGCCCAGUGAAGAAGUCGCACAGGAAGGAGGACAAGGAUGAGGAGGAGUACCCUGAGUACUACAGGAAGUCCUCUGACUACAUCAAGGGCUCCAACCAGGACGCCCCGCAGGCCUUCCGUGUGGGCCGCAUCAAGGAGAUCUUCUGCACCAGGCGCACCAACAACAAGUCCAACUCCUCUGAGGUCAAACUGCGCCUCUACAAAUUUUACAGGCCAGAGAACACUCAUAAGGGAUUAAAGGCUGGCUACCACCUGGACAUCAACCAGCUGUACUGGAGCGACGAGGAGGUGACCGUGGACAUGUCGGAGGUGCAGGGCCGCUGUCGGGUGGAGUACGAAGCGGACCUGGUGGAGAGCCUGCAGGACUACUCCAGCAGAGGCCCCGACCACUUCUACUUUAUUGAGGCCUACAGCGCAAAGACCAAGAACUUUGAAGAUCCACCCAACCAUGCUCGCUUGGUUGUUAACAAAGGCAAGGGAAAAGGCAAGGGCAAAGGGAAGGGCAAAGGGAAGUCUGUCUCCGCUCAGGAUUCUGCGGAGCCAGAGGCUCAGGAGCAGAGGACCCCCAAGCUGCGCACGCUGGACGUGUUCUCAGGCUGCGGAGGGCUGUCUGAGGGAUUCCACCAGGCCGAUAUCGCUGAGACGCUGUGGGCCAUUGAGAUGUGGGACCCUGCAGCCCAGGCCUUCCGCCUCAACAACCCGGGCACCACGGUGUUCACAGAGGACUGCAACGUGCUGCUUAAGCUGGUCAUGUCCGGGGAGAAGACCAACUCGCUGGGCCAGAAGCUGCCCCAGAAGGGCGACGUGGAGAUGCUGUGCGGGGGGCCUCCAUGCCAAGGCUUCAGCGGGAUGAACCGCUUCAACUCACGCACAUACUCAAAGUUCAAGAACUCCCUGGUGGUGUCCUAUCUAAGUUACUGUGACUACUACCGACCCAAGUUCUUCCUGCUUGAGAACGUGAGGAACUUCGUGUCGUUCAAAAGCUCCAUGGUCCUAAAGCUGACCCUCCGCUGCCUUGUGAGGAUGGGCUACCAGUGCACAUUUGGAGUACUCCAGGCAGGGCAGUACGGUGUUGCCCAGACGAGGCGUAGGGCGAUCAUUCUGGCAGCUGCCCCAGGGCAGAAGCUUCCUCGUUACCCUGAGCCUCUGCACGUGUUCGCCCCGCGCGCCUGCUCCCUCAGCGUGGUUGUGGACGAGAAGAGGUUCGUCAGCAACAUCACGAGGGGUAAUGGUGGUAUUUACCGCACCAUCACCGUGCGAGAUGCCAUGUCUGACCUCCCAGAGAUCCGUAAUGGCGCCGCGGGCCUGGAGAUCUCCUACAACGGCGAGCCGCUGUCCUGGUUCCAGAGGCACAUCCGAGGCUCCCAGUACCAGCCCAUCCUCAGGGACCACAUAUGCAAGGACAUGAGCUCGCUUGUGGCCGCCCGCAUGCGUCACAUCCCCCUGGCCCCCGGCUCGGACUGGAGGGACCUGCCCAACAAGGAGGUCAGGCUGACCGACGGGACCAUGACCAGGAAGUUGCGCUACUCGCACUCGGAUAAGAAGAACGGGCGCAGCAGCACUGGUGCACUGAGGGGCGUGUGCAGCUGCUUUGGAGGAAAGCCAUGUGACCCAGCCGACAGACAGUUCAACACCUUGAUCCCCUGGUGUCUGCCUCACACGGGCAACCGCCACAACCACUGGGCCGGGCUCUAUGGCAGACUGGAGUGGGACGGCUUCUUCAGCACCACAGUAACCAACCCUGAGCCCAUGGGCAAGCAGGGUCGGGUCCUGCAUCCUGAGCAGCACCGCGUGGUGAGUGUUCGGGAAUGCGCCCGCUCGCAGGGAUUCCCAGACACCUACCGGUUCUUCGGAAAUGUUCUGGACAAACACCGACAGGUCGGGAAUGCCGUGCCUCCUCCACUAUCCAAAGCCAUUGGCAUUGAGAUUAAGAAAUGUGUCCAAGAGCAGAUGAAGGAGGAUGCAACAGACCCUGUGAAAGAGGUGAAACAGGAGAAAAUGGAGCUCUCUGAAUGAAGCUUCACUAUGCCACACAAGGAAUCGUACCAUAAUCGGCUGGAGCCUGCUGGCUGGCCAUGUUGCCGCGGGCUCCUCAGCCUGUUUGUGCAGUGCCAUUACGUGAUGUUUUAUUGUUUUCUAAAUGUGAUUUUAAAAAAACGUGUAUUUACAGAUGUCCACUCCAUGCAAGUGUGAUGAACUCUAUGUAGCUUUUUUUUUUUUUUUUUGUAUGUUGAAAUAUUUCAAAUAAAAGCUCUUAUUAAAUGUUUCAAA